AUGAAUGCCAUCAGCAGGCCCAUGCCGGCCGUCCACUGCUGCGACGGCAGUGGGGGUCCCUCGCUGGCCGAGGUCAGCAGCGAGGCGGGCGGCGACGCGGGAACUAGCAGCCGCGCCGCCGUGGCCGCGCCGUCGGGAACCGGCGCGGCCGAUGACAGAGGCCCAAGCGGCGGGGCGCGCGGAGGGAGGUCGCGGCCAGGUCAGGGCAGCCGCUGCGCGGGGCCGAAGGCAUGGGCGCCGGGCGCCUUCCCCGCCGGAGCCGUGCGCUGUCGCCGCCGCCGCCGCCGCCGCUGCUGCUGGAGCCGCUGUCGCUGCUGGAACAGCUGCCGGGACUUCAGCAUGUUUCUGAGCUCGCGGAGCCCGCAGCCCCGGCACCCAGCACCCACCCCACCCGGCUCCCACUCCCCCGAGCCAACCCCCGGGGCCUCGCGUCAGGCUCCUGCAGCCAAUCCUGGCGAAGGCACGCCCCUCUCUGGUUUCCCCCCCCACCCCACCCCCUCUCCCGGGCCCCGCCAACUCCUCGCACCCCGCCUCCACCGGCGGUUCUGCGGCUCUAGGGAGUCCGGGGCAGAUCGCCAAGCAAGCGCCUCCCCGGCGCUCGCGGGUUCCUGCCCGCGCGUCCCUUCCAGAGCCCGCUUGGCUCCAGUGCCCAGUUCCCCUCGGCUCCCAAUCGCGCCCGGCUUCCACCCUGCCCCCUCCCUCGGCCCCCAAUCUCCCCUCUCCUGCGCCCCGUUUGCCUCCGGCGUUUGGUUUCCUCCUGCGCCCCGGCUCUACCCGCAGCCACCCAUCCCAUCUACCUCCAGUGCCCAGGUUUCCUGUAGAGCAGAGCGCGUGUUCCCUAUAGCAGGGAGGGGACUUCGGUGUUCUCGAAACACCAGAGCGCCUUGGACGGUCUGUUUGCUGGGGGUGGAGGAGUCUGGCUGCAAGAUUGUUUCUUGUAUUGGGCAGCCUAGGAGGGUGUGUGUAAAACCCUUCUUCUGUCAAGAGGAGUCCCAGCCAGCUCGCGUCCUGCCAGCUCGGGGAUCGGAUCGGAGGCGGGUGUGAGCGGUUAGAAGAAACUUUCCAGCGAGCGCCUUGCUAGAGCAGAGCGCGCAUCUGUCAGGAACGCUCCCCGGGAGCUAUUCUUGCAAGAAGCUUCUGUCGUUCCAGGGCAGCAGAUGCAGAAAGGAAGGGAAGGUUUGUGCAGCUGACAGCUAAUGCUGAGGAUCAGUUGGAAAAAUACACUCUCCCAGGUCCCAGCUGAUGGAUGUAAACCUCAGCUCCUCAACAUGGCCUUCAAAGCCCUCCACGGUCCAGUUCCAAAGAGCCUUUCCAGCACUGUUUCAUACUAGAAAUCUCCGUGUCACCCUAGCUUGCAGUUCUGUAUUAAUACAACCCAGAGGCUUGGUUUGUUUGUGCCCAACUCUUUUCAACCCCAUGGACUGUAGCCCGCCAGGCUCCUCUGUCCACGGGAUUUCCCAGGCAAGAAUACUGGAGUGGGUUGCCGUAUCCUACUCCAGGGGAUCUUUCCAGCCCAGGGGAUUGAACCUGCAUCUUGCGUCUUCUGCAUUGCAGAUGGAUUCUUUACCACUGUGUCACCUGGGAAGCCCCAGAGGCUCAGUAACAGUAAGCAAUUUUUAAAUGCCUUUACCUUUGGGAAAUCACCUUUUAAAAAAAGUCUUCCCCCCAUUUUGGUGCCCUUUCUUAUUAGAUGUGUGCAUGCAUGUAAGCUAAGUCACUUCUGUCGUGUCCAACUCCGUGUGAUCCCAUGGACUGU